AUGUUACCCAGGCGAGGCUGGCUGAUCCUCGCACUACUUCAGCUCCUUUCAGCUGUCCUAUCGAGUCCACAAUGUUUAACCUGCGACUUUUUAACGGAAACGGUCGUGAAGGGACUCAAAAUCACCGAGCGAAACCAUUUCGCUGGCGGAGACACAGCUUGGGAAGAGAAGAAUCUCGGCAAAUAUGCAACGAGUGAGACGCGUUUGAUCGAGGCUUUGGAAGGAGUUUGUAAAAAGUCCACCCUUCCUUCUACCGACAGCUAUAUCAGUGUGAAAGACCUCGAAUUCAAGUGCGCUCAUUUGAUGGAGGAGAGCGAAGAGCUCGUGGAGAAGUGGUACUAUAAGAAUCAGGAGAAGGAAGAGAAUCGAGUGGAUUGCGCUGAAUGCUACGGUGGUUGUAACGGAUGCACCGGACCGUUAGCGACAGAGUGCACCGAAUGCCGGGUCGGUUUUGAGCGAGAUUCGAAGAACGCUUGUGUUGAUGUGGACGAAUGUGCCAAGCCCGAACUCCAUGCUUGCACCAAGGCUAAUGAAGCUUGCAUCAACGACAUCGGCAGCUACAAGUGCGAUUGUGCGGACGGGUACAAGAAAAACGAUGUCACCAAGGAGUGCGAGCUGAAUAUACUAGCGCCACCCCAACAACCGCUGAUCCGCCCUAACCUGCUACUGCGGCUGCCUUCAACGUCGGAGGAGCCCGCAAAUGCAGAGAACAGCGCCACAGCUCUGCCGGACGAAGACCCGCUCCUCAUCGACCCUUAUCCUGCACCCGUCUAUUUCAUGCGCGAUCCGUUCACUCCGCGCCCAAAAGUCAAAGGUCGCAAACCUCUGCUGUCCGAUUUUUUGGUUCUUGGGUCCCCCUGUCAUCUCUGCUCACAGCCCGUCUGCUUUGACAAGGGGUGCUCCGUUCAUUUUGGGCAUUUAUUUUGCGGCUUGUGCAUCGCUCGCGAAAAACGACGUUUUCCGGAGCAAGUGAUUCAGUUCACGGGAAGCACUCCAGCUCUCAGUCCAUCAGAUAGCAGCCCGAAGCCAGGUCCAAGCACAAUUUCGACCUUUUCGGCUCGGCUCGAUCCAGGGAUUCCACGAACGACGAGCCUCCCGGCUCCGGUGGAACUUCCAACUUCUACGCGACUUGGAAUCACAGUGAAGGCCUUGCAUGUGGCGGCUGAAUGGAAAUGGCGUCAGGGUGGGGACGAUACUUGCGGCAUCUGCCAAAUGGCAUUCGAAGCAUGCUGUGUCAAUUGCAAGAUGCCAGGCGAUGACUGCCCAUUGGUAGUCGGGAUGUGUCGGCAUCCUUUCCACUCCCACUGCAUCACCAAGUGGACAAUCUCGCAAACGACUGCGCGCCCACUCUGCCCAAUGUGUCGCCAAGAAUGGCGGGUUUCCCCAGCCAAGACAGUGUCC